AUGGAGUUAGUGAUGAUACCAUUCUCGCUGAGAGAGCGAGCCAAGAGUUGGUUGAUAUCCUUGCCACCAAAUUCUAUAGAAACAUGGACAGACCUAGCAACAGAAUUUUUCUUCAAGUUCUUUCCUCCAGUAAAGUCUGCUAAGCUGCAAGGACAGAUUAAUAACUUCUAUCAGCUAGAUAAUGAGUCUCUCCAUGAGUCCUGGGAGAGGUUGAAGGAUCUUAUUAGAAAGUGUCCUCAUCACGACAUUGAGAAGUGGAUGUUGGUUAACAAUUUUUACAAUGGGCUGGUUGGCAAUACCAGAACACUCAUAAAUGAUGCAGCUGAUGGAGCAUUCAUGAGGAAGAGUGCAAAUGAAGCUUGUGAUUUUUUAGAGGAGAUGGCCCUGAAUAAUCAACAGUGGCCAACUGAAAGAAGCCACACAAAGAAGGUGGCUGGUAUGCAUGAGGUAGAUGCCAUUACUAAGUUGACAGCGCAGGUAGAGGCCCUAACAAAACUGAUGGUUGUGCAAGCAAAACAAGCUCAGGUGUUCUGUGAGCUAUGUAGAGGUCCUCAUCCCUAUGCACAAUGCCCGAUAUAUGUGAAUAGUUUGCCAAUGGAUGAAGCUAAAGCAAUUGGGAAUUACUCUCAAAAGAACAACUAUGGGUUCAAUCAAGGAGGCAAUCGGAGGAAUAGUGUGUUCUAUCAGCAGAGGAAUCAGAAUCAGACACAAAACCAACAACAAUCACAGCAUCAAGGUUCUAGUGGGGGUUCUGGUGUUCAGACAGACUUAUUGUUACAAUUUAUGACUGAGACUAGAUCAUCCAUUAAAGACCUACAGACACAGAUGGGGCAAUUGGCAACUCAGAUAACAACCCGUUCUCAGGGAAACUUGCCUAGUACAGCCGAGGUUAAUCCUAAAGAAAACUGCAAGGCAAUUACCCUAAGAAGCGGGAACAAGUAUGAAGGGCCUGAUGGGGGACUAACAGUGGAAGAAGAGAUAUAG